UCUGGUUAAACCCUAAAUUCAUCCAGAUGGAUUUUCUUUACAGAUAAGAGUGCACAAAUCUGGGCGUGAAAUCAAAUCAGAGUGCGAGGACUGCUCUUGCUACCAGCUCUAUGAAACUGCAAAGCUGAUUUCCAUUUGCUCCUUGUGUUGCUAGAAAGUAGAAUUGCAUAAUAUACACGUGCACCACUGAAGUUACAUUAACGUGACAUCUAUUUGAAUUGCUGGUGUUGCAGCACGCUUCGACAUCAUGUCAGAUGGUCGUGAGCCCGUGAGUAGCACGAGCAUCGGACUUGGUGCACAGAGCGAUACCAGUUUACCAAGCAUUGAAACUGAGGUUAUAGAGAGUCUGAACAUCUAUGGAGGUCAAACAGUGAAGGCAAGCACAUAUGAAAGAAGUGGAGCACUUCCAAUCUUGAGGAGUAUUACAAUCACUGAGUAUGACGAGAACGAAACGGUCCGCACGGUGUUCGAACUUGAUACACAACGUCUUGGACAGGAGUAUUCCAGGUUACCAACUGUGCUAAUAGAUGGGAGGAUAAUCCCUGAAGCACAGACCGAUUCCAGAACACAAAGCAUUAAAACUGAGAUUACAGAGAGUCGGAACAUCCAUGGAGGUCGAACAGUGAAGGCGAGUAGAUAUCAAAAAAGUGGAGCACUUCAAAUCUUGAUCAGUUCUACAAUCAUUGAGUGUAACGAGAAGGGAAAGGCCAUGUCACGCAAAGUGUACGAUUCACUUGGACGUCAGAUCAGUGGAUAGGGUACUGAAUUCGACGGUGGUGUAUUUGCAUACAGCGCUUGGGUACAGAUAGUUCGAUCAAUUUCGAGUAUAAUAUAUUAAAUAAAUAAGAAUAAAUUAGAGUGAGAACCUCAAGGAAGCUUAUGACGAAUUGGUACAAGCUGUUUACCAAUUCGUCAAUGAAAUUGAAAAGUCCCAAGAGGUUCUCUAACUCAAGGAGAUGAAAGUUUUCUUAGAAGAAUACAAGAAGACUGCAGAGCAAGCUAUGCUCAUGGCUCGAGAAGAAUGUGAGUAACUCUGUUGAACUAGGUCAAGAGACUUGUGGCAUGGAAGAGUCUACCUUUGGACCUCACUUACGUAAAGUGAAGAUUGUCAGCUGCACUUUCGAUGAAUUAUGCUUGAAAUAUCUCUAUCGAUGAACUCUGUCGUCGCUAGAUGUAACUAGAACAAAUUAUUGACGCCAAUACGAGAGUUGAUAAAGAUUAAGACAGAAGAGGGAAAGAUGAGAUAAUUAUCUCUUUCUUUGAAAUCUGAUGGUUCAAUGUGUAGAUUUUGUUGAAUUGAUUAAAUGGG